CCUUAAUUGAUGUGAUUUAUAUGUUGCAUUUUACACACAUCACAUGUUCAAGGUCAAACUUCUCGUGAGGUAUGGUUAUCACUAGAACACGCUUAUGCACCUGUUUCUUCCUCUCAUGAAUUUACCCUCAAAAGUCAGUUACUGAGAAUCACCAUGAAAGGUGAUGAAAAACCAGCCUACUACUUGGCACGGGCCCAAGAGUAUGCUACUGCUCUAGCCAACAUAGGUGAACCAAUGAAGGAUAAAGACCUAGUCAUGUUAACUGUUAUAGGGCUCCGUGAAGAAUACAAUGGCCUCAAGGCUAACUUAUUGGCUCGUUCCCCUCCUGUUACCUUUAACAAGCUCCAUGGGUUACUAAGUGACCAUGAUUUUAUGAUCACAAAGAUCUUGGCUGCAAAUCAGCAGGUCCCACAUGCUCUUUUUGCGGCUGCCACACCAGCACAGCAGCCCCUUUCGGCUGCUGUCACACCCACUCAGCAACCUAAUAUUGAUACCAUACAGCAGCAACUUCAUACCCUUCAACUCAUGGCCUCUCAGUUGGGUUAUCAGCUCAAUCCUGCACCUUCAGUACAACCACAGGCUUACUUUGGGUCUCGGUCAUUUAACAACAAUCGUGGCAACCGUGGCUCUCGCGGUCCUUCGCGUGGUAACUCUCGUGCUAACCCAAAUAACCGCAAUCGGGAUACUAGUGGCACACGUCAAUUUUCUUGGGCUUCAACCCAAAACACUGUUUAUGGCCACUGUAACCGUUGUGGCAUUGGUCAUCUCCCGUCUCAGUGCCCUAAUCAGCCCAAUCAGUCACGUGCAGCGCCACACGCAAAUUAUGCUACUUCCUCAGAUGCUGGCUCACAAUCAGGACUUACUUGGAAGCCCGAUACUGGAGCUAAUGGACAUGCUACCCCAGACUUAUCUGGCAUUGACAACCCUGAAGCCUACUUUGGACGAGUCUACACGCACUACCCUCCUAACGGGUCCCAGUGAACAAGGCUCGUACUCCAUUCGUCAGCCACAGCUCAAGUUUAUUCCCAAGGUGGCAUUCACUGCUGUCAAAGCAUCUUCCACCACUUGGCACCAACGUUUAGGAUAUCCUCAUGCUCAAGUUUUUCGUUCCAUUGUUUCGCGUUUUUCUUUACCCAUUUCGGACAAGUUUUCUAAUAAUUUAUGUACUUCGUGUCAAUUAGGCAAGUCUUCCAAAUUAUCUUUGUCAGACUCAACUUUUCGGAGUACCAAUUUUUUAGACCUUAUUUAUUGUGAUGUUUGGGGGCCUUCGCCCGAUUUAUCAUUUGAUGGUUGUCGUUUCUUUUUAUUAUGUGUAGAUCAUCAUUCUAGAUAUAUGUGGUUUUAUCUAUUAGUUCAAAAAUCAGAUGUCUACAACGUGCUAACAAACUUUAUUAAAUUGGCAGAACGACAAUUUAACACAAAACUAAAAAG